GCAAUUGACUUUCCCUAUUCGCACGCGCACCUCGAAGAUUGAUGUCGUCUUUGAGUUGGUAUUUUUGUCGCAGACUAUAAUCCUGCGCGGACGGCGCGUGCCUUGACUAGAAUUGAGACAGUCGAUGAAGGCGUCCUAAUGUAGGUAACCAAGAAAGGUGUAUUUGGGCGAGUGAGAGGACGAUUGUAGAGUGACGAAAGAGAUGAGGGAUGGACAGAGAGACAAAGAAAGAUAGAGGUUUCGACGUCGAUGUCCACGCGCGCUGUUCGUUUUGUUGAGAAAGAUGCUAAACCGAAAGGGCUACAUCAGAUGAAUCCACCAUCAAAUGAAAGAGCUACAUCAACAGUUAAACUUGAAAUUCAUGAUCAUACCAAACCGAUGAGAAACAACGAAUAGAGGCAACUGAGAGGUACCAAAUAGCAGAAGUUUAAGAAUGAUACAAGGCCCGGAGAGUCUGGGCGCUCCUGCCCAGGAUGCGAUGCAGGCAGAAGUAGUAGGUACUAACGCUAAGUUUAAGGAACAUUUUCUAUGAACAUGGAGGUGGACAAGGUAGUUUGAAAAACUUUAACUUUUGCUUUUCGGAAAGAGAGUCGUGACGCAGAUGAGGAUGACAUUCACACGCUACACUCUGAACAUUGUCACCUUAAACAUCAGAAGCCGUGGAAGAGGUCGAUCUCGAAAGUGGGCUGCCAACGAAGGCGGCUGAAGGAACCAUUGACACAGAAGAGUUUGUGCAAGUGUCAUGUGGCAACAUCGGAUUGACACUUUCAGAAACUUCAUACAAUUAUGGCUCUGCGUAGGUCCUGUGAGUGACGUGUUCAUCUUCUUUGUUUUUUCUUGCUAGGUUUUUACUACAAAGAUAUGCUCCUGAGGCGAACUUCGUCCUUGCCGUAAGAUGGCUCGACCACCUCGAAGAAAUGGAAACAAAUGAAUCAGAAAUAAGAACUUUCACAGCUGCAUCAUCAAGAUCAUCAACACCACAACCUCUCGUUUCUAAUACCUAGUCCAGAUCCUGAAAGAAGGAGAGCAUUUCGAGGAAGAGAAGAAGGGAAAGCCGAAGUGGUGCUUGUUUUUCGCGUUUUUGUUCGGAACGAUAGGCCUCGCAGUCACAGCACUCAGUUGCGCAGUCUACAUCGCACUUCUCCCGAUUCAGUGCUGCUGCCCGGGUGGUACUUGUCACUAGCCUCGAUGGAUUCAGUUGUACAUGAUUGGUUGAAGGACAAGCAGAAGGUUAUGAUCAGAAAUACGUUUGUACUUGUAGCCUUCUACUUCUUUGUACCUAUUAUGUAUCUACUUCACCAGUUCUCUUUGAUGUCACUACGUCACCAUUCUACUUUUGUGUGAUCUCUCUUGCUCUUUUACAUAGAACGACGAUGAAAACAAACACACGGAACUACAACAUCCCAUCUACAUUAGGAUCAAUCCCCACAACCCAUCUACAUUAUCAUCAAUCCCCACAACCCAUCUACAUUAGGAUCAAUCCCCAGAACCUCAGGUGAGCACACGAAGUACAUCGAUAAGGGACUCGGCUGGUUGGCUUUUAUCCCGUGGACAAUCGCCAAAUGCUUCUGGAAGUAGAAGCUGACAAACGCUUGCCUACAGAAUUAAGUUUAUUUUUACAUUACAAUGCUUGUUACAGGAUGUAUGUCUGUAGAAUUACAAGUUGUAGAAGUUCCCGUUGUUCAGGAUCUAGGUCUGAUCGAUCCUUUCCUGCUGAAGUUAGUAUAAUCCCGUUCCCGUCGCUGUCUGAAUCGAUUUUGAUCUCUCAAUUUGUGUACCACAAGUACAACAACAAGAGUUUAGAUUCUCUCAACUACGAAGAUUCUUGAUUAUUUGCUCUGACCUCCAAGACCAAGGAUAGAUUCUCAUAAAAGAUUUUCGAAUUCACUUUCUUUCACCGUAGUAUCUCUUAGAGUUUUUAUGCACCCGGAUCAACUUGUUCAAACGGAUGAUCUUAUUAAACGAAUAAAGGGGAGUAGCGUUAGCGUACCCGUAAAGCAAUGUAAAGGUUUGCAGAUGAUUUUGUUUAGCAUUUGUUGAAAUGAGAUGAAGGAGGACACAUCAUGUUCACAUUCUGGCCAGUCACCAUGAACACAGGACACUCAAGAACCCAAAAAUCCACUACUCAAUUUAGCCACGUCGAACAGAUAGUCAUUGAUGACACUUCUUCUGAACAAAGUGAAAUCACGUCUAGUUGCUGAAGAAUAACACAGUACCACGGUGGUUUGAAAGCACAACCUCAUUCACCUCUCCUCUUUUCGUGGUGUGGAUCUACUGCUAGUGAGGCGCGGAG